UCAGUCAAUCCAAUAACUCGGAAACUCUUCUAAACGCGUCUUUUAUAACUCAACCAAAAUCCUAGUCUACUAUAUUGACUAAAAUACCCUUGUUAUCCCACUAAUCAAUAAAUUCAUACACCUAUAAAACGGUUAACUUCGUCACAAUAAUAUUAAAAUAUAUAUGACAAACAAAAUUAAUCGUAUAAUAUAUGAUUUUCAUAUAAUGAAAAAAAAAACAGAAGGAAAACGGCUAUCUCUCCCUAAAAAGCCUGAAAAAAAGUCUUAACAACUGCGCCCCAUUAUCAUAUAUUUAGCCACAUAACCCUCUUUCCCUUUCUUUUCUCUUUUGAACUAUAUUUUUAUUAUUAUUCAUAUUUUUUUCCUUUAAAUUACUUAUAUAACAACUACAAGUAUAUAUUUUUCCUUAGUUUUUCAUUAUCUUUUUUUUUUGCAUACUGGAAAAACAAAUCGCCUGCAAUUUCGCCAAUCUGUGUUUUAUUGUUGUUCCAGAUUUUGAUUUUUUUUAUUCCUGGGUUUCGUUCAUUUGCAAAAUUACUGAAAAAAGUUGGGAAAUUUUUGUUGGAUAGAAGAGAUAAAACUGAGAUUUGUGGGAGUUUUUUUUUUUCCUGAAAUAUCUGGGUUUUUUCCCUGAAAUUUUUUGGGUUAAAUUUGAUUGAAAAAAAAAAAAUUAUAAAUUUGUUGUGAUGUCGACGAAAACGGGUAAUGCGAAAGAUUUAGCAGAGAAAAUGUUGUUGAUGGCUGAACAAGGUGGGCAUUAUUGUUCCAAAAAAACCGAUAGUUUGUGCAAAGAUUGUUGUUGCCAGCAGUCAAGCAAAUCAAGCAUGUCUAGAUUAUGCUGUGUUCUUCGAGGGAUCGAUUUGAAGGUCUGUUUGUUCUUGUUCUUGAUCGUACCGAUGUGCACCUUGGGCAUCUAUAUACAUGGCCAGAAAAUCACAUAUUUUCUCCGACCGUUGUGGGAGAAACCACCAAAGCCUUUCAAUGUUAUUCCACACUACUACACUGAAAAUGUGACCAUGGAAAAUCUCUGUAAGCUUCACGGUUGGGGGGUUCGUGAGUAUCCAAGACGAGUUUAUGAUGCGGUUCUGUUUAGCAAUGAAGUUGACGUACUCAAUAUAAGGUGGCAGGAGCUGUACCCUUACAUUACACAAUUUGUGCUUCUUGAGUCGAACUCUACAUUCACAGGGUUGCCAAAGCCUCUGGUGUUUGCUGCCAAUAGAGAUCAGUUCAAAUUUGUUGAGCCUCGUUUGACUUAUGGGACUAUUGGGGGUCGGUUCAUUAAGGGUGAGAAUCCGUUUGUUGAGGAAGCAUAUCAGCGUGUUGCAUUGGAUCAACUCCUAAGAAUUGCGGGUAUUUCAGAUGAUGAUUUAUUGAUAAUGUCUGAUGUUGAUGAGAUACCAAGUAGGCAUACCAUAAAUCUGUUAAGGUGGUGUGAUGAUACCCCUGAGGUCCUUCAUUUGCAGCUAAAGAACUAUUUGUACUCAUUUGAAUUUCUUGUGGAUAACAACAGUUGGAGGGCUUCGAUACACAAAUAUCAGACAGGGAAGACGAGGUAUGCUCAUUACAGACAAACUGAUGUCCAAUUGGCUGAUGCUGGGUGGCAUUGCAGCUUUUGCUUCCGCCGUAUAAGUGAGUUUAUUUUCAAGAUGAAAGCUUAUAGUCACAGUGACAGAGUGAGGUUUUCUCACUACUUGAACCCCAAAAGAAUUCAGAGUGUAAUCUGCAAAGGGGCCGACUUGUUUGAUAUGUUACCCGAGGAAUACACGUUUAAGGCAAUCAUCGGAAAGAUGGGACCUGUCCCUCAUUCUUAUUCUGCUGUUCAUCUACCAUCGUAUCUUUUGGAGAAUGCUGAUAAGUAUAAAUUCCUCUUGCCUGGAAAUUGUGUCAGAGAAAGCGAGUGAGCCUCUUGAGCCGGUUUUGGUUUUCUGAUGCGGCUGGUUUGACCUAUUUUAGGGUGGUAUUCCGAGAUACAUUUGACCAGAACUUUUUUCUCUGUGAUGUUUGAGGAAUCACAUUGGUCAAUCGGAGUUUUUGGGAGUUCUGUACAUAUCUAAUUCCUGGGGCUCGGUUUUGUUUGGAAAAUUGGUACAUAUCCAAUUACUUAUAGAGGGAACUUCCUGUUGGAUCAUGCCUGGAGGAGCUAGCUUGGUAUGGCAUGACUAAUCUCAUAUACUCUUUUAGAUUGAGGAAAUGCUGAGAGGCUGUUUCGAGCGAUAGACAGUUUUGUGUUGUGGUUUUAGACUAAUAUAUUCGUAUAUUCUUUCACCUCCUGUCUUUGCUAUACUGUGUUCUAUGGAUUCUUCUGGCUUACUUCUCAUUUAUCCAAUUCGUUAAUUUUUUUUCC